ACUUACACUAUCGAUAGAUCAUCCACCCGACUAUCUAUUUCACAAUCGAUAGUCAAACCCUAUCGUUAUCGUAAUAUUUGUAAAUAAAACCACGAGUUUGCAUCGAAAGUAGGAGAAAUAAUGGCCAGGAAACGGAAAAUCCCAGUGCGCAAGCACCACGGCAUUCGCGAUCCCCUCAAGCAAAUAGAGCAGAAGGAAAAGAAACUCUCCAAAGUAACGAAUAAUCCGCCCGAGAGAAAGGACGAGCAGCAGGUGUCCUUCAAGUUCCGCCAGUUCAAGCGGCUCGCCGAUGCAACCAAAAGCGGAAAGAAGGUGAAACUCGGGGUCAUAGGCAAGGAGGAUAUUCCCAAGUCGUCGUUAGGGGCCAAGACCAGCGGCGGCUCCAUCUCUGCCAAAGAAGUCAAAAAUAUCAAACAGUUUGCCAACGAAACGGACGAGGAUUAUCUGCGUCGCGUUAACCGCAUCACCAGUGCCUCCGUACGCGAGGCCCAGUACGAGGCCAAAUAUGGCGUAAAUGUGAUUAGAAAUCCCAAGACCGGAGAGAUUACGGUCCAGAAGAGGCCAAAAAAUGAGAUUGAUGAACUGCUCAAGCAGAAACAAAAGGAACGUCGCACAGCUGCGGGCAAAAAUGGUCGGAGAAAGGCAAAUAAUGCCCCCCAGAAGACAACAAUGGAUGCCAAAACCAGCAGGGAGCUGAUAAAGAGAGCCUUCAAGGAGGCCAAGGACGAGGUGGAUUCCGAGAACGAGAAAAGCGCCCCGCCCGCAGAAUAUAAACGAGACGUUUUCGCAUUUGGUGAGAUCGUACAUGCGCCACCAUCGCUUAAGACGCUGCCUAGAAAGGCGCCGAAGAACGAGACUGUGCCACGGCCGGGACGCAAAUCCAAUCUCCUCCUGAAAUCGAUGCUGAAUCCCGCCACAACGGAAGGGGACCAAGACCAGCAUGAAGGCAGUGGGCGAAAGGUGGCAGCCAAAUCCAAGGAGGCCUUCAAAGCGCCCACCAAGGCGCAGAUGAAGGGCAAGCGAAGGGAUCUUCCGGCGGCCACACGGUCCAUGCUAGAAAACGAGCGCAACAAGAUGAUUUCACUGUACCGUCAACUAAAGAAUAAGACGGCAGCGGAUGCCUAAGCACUAAGACUAAAUGGAGUUCCCAUUACUUUUUUUUUACCACGAAAACAAUAAAUUAAUGUUUAAGAAA